CGUCCUAGAAAAAAAAAAAAGAAUUGGCCUCAGCCGGCGUUGAAAGCCGAGUGAGUUGAUAGCAGCACAGUAACAAAGGAAAAACAAAGAAAAAAACGAAUAUCGACCAGCACCUGCUGUCGUUUUGAUCUGAACAUCAGAGACGUCUGACCUCUAUCCAGUCUGCUGUAUCAUCAGACGUCGUUCUGUCCUCUACACAGAGAUGCUGACCUCGUCUUGCCAGUGAAUUGAGCUUGUUGUCCCCAGACCAGCUGUGACAGGACAGCAGGACGCAGAGCAGACCCGCCAUGGCUGCCAGACAGCAGAGACCUGCGGCUGCUUCAGACGGCUCCGCAGAGGCCAAAAGGACGGACUUCAGAGCCAAUGAGAAGAAGUGCUCUUGGGCCUCCUACAUGACCAAUUCUCCAACUGUGAUAGUGAUGAUCGGGUUGCCCGCUAGGGGGAAAACGUACAUGUCAAAGAAGCUAACACGCUACCUCAACUGGAUUGGAGUGCCAACUAAGGUAUUUAACCUGGGAGUUUAUAGGAGAGAAGCGGUGAAGUCGUACAAGUCCUACGACUUUUUCAGGCACGACAAUGAAGAAGCCAUGAAAAUUAGGAAACAGUGUGCUCUGGUGGCACUGCAGGAUGUCAAGGCCUAUCUCAAUGAGGAAGGAGGCCAGAUUGCUGUUUUUGAUGCCACUAACACCACCAGGGAGAGGAGGGAGCUCAUCCUCAAUUUCGCAAAGCACAAUUCAUACAAGGUGUUUUUUGUAGAAUCAGUAUGUGACGAUCCAGAUGUCAUCGCUGCAAAUAUCCUGGAUGUGAAGGUGUCCAGCCCAGAUUACCCAGAGAGGGAUAGAGAAUGUGUCAUGGAGGAUUUUCUGAAGAGGAUUGAAUGUUAUAAAGUCACGUACCAGCCUUUAGAUCCGGACGAACAUGACAAGAACCUUUCCUUCAUCCAGGUUAUCAAUGUUGGCCGUCGUUUCUUGGUCAACAGGGUGCAGGACUACAUCCAGAGUAAAAUAGUCUACUACCUCAUGAACAUCCACGUUCACUCCCAUUCCAUCUACCUCUGUCGGCACGGAGAGAGCCAUCACAACGAAGAGGGACGCAUCGGGGGAGAUUCUGAACUGUCAGACAGAGGGAAACAGUUUGCAGAAGCACUGAAGGGUUUUGUGGAAGAGCAUCGUCUGUCAGACCUGAAAGUUUGGACCAGCCAGCUGAGACGCACCAUUCAGACAGCAGAGGAACUGGGAGUUCCCUACGAGCAGUGGAAGAUCCUUAAUGAAAUAGAUGCUGGAGUGUGUGAAGAGAUGACCUAUAAAAUGAUUGAGGAAACAUACCCAGAGGAGUUUGCGAUGAGGGACCAGGACAAGUAUCACUACCGUUACCCUGGAGGAGAGUCCUACCAGGACCUGGUUCAGCGGCUGGAGCCAGUAAUCAUGGAGCUUGAGCGACAGGGCAAUGUGCUGGUCAUCUGUCAUCAGGCCGUCAUGCGCUGCCUGCUCGCCUAUUUCCUGGACAAGAGCGCAGAUGAUCUACCCUACUUGAAGUGUCCCCUGCACACUGUCCUGAAACUCACCCCUGUGGCUUAUGGUUGUAAAGUGGACAUGUUUGACCUGAAGGUGGAGGCUGUCAACACUCACAGGGACAGACCCUUAAAUAAAGUCCAAACAGCUGAUGUUCCACCAGCUUUCCUCCGAAGGAACAGCUUCACUCCGCUGUCCAGCCAAGACCAGACUAAGCGCCGUCGUCUUUACAGCAUGGGCAACCCUCCACAAGCCUGCAUGUCACAGGCCCCCACUUUACCCAGCAUGCAGUUCUCUGAGGCAUCUGAGGGGGCAGAGUUGCAACAAAACCAGGACUGUCUGAACGGUUUCAGUGCAGCAGACUCAGAAGACUGUGUUCAAAAUUAAAGAAGCACAAAUAGAGGCUUUUCUCCACAUGGAUGUAUCAACAGUUGUGAGGACCAGCUGUGUAAAAUCCUAACAUGCUUCAGCCAUUAUUCAUAAGCACUGUAUUACACAUCCUUCUCACAAAUAUCUACCAGAAUGUCGUAUCUUUAAAGGCCUGCAUGUGUUAUCUCUUCAGUGUUUUUUCGACAGGAUAUAUGUGUGUUGGUGUGUGUGUGUGUGCACAUACUGUACAGUACAUACAUGAACUCGAUGCCUUUGCACAACAGCCUUCAACCUCAGUUAUAAUGAUGUCAACAUUUGUAGUAAAGAGAUUCUGAAAAUCCAUCCAUUAGAUCCAAGCACACUCCUCAUACUGUAGACUAACAGUCAGAUGCUGUAUUAGAUUUAGAAAAUGUUGAUUGUGAAUUGUGUAUUUUAUGAUUGUAUACCUCAGUAGAAGCUGUUGCCUUCAGUUUUAGCAUGAGGGAGUGCCUCUCUUAAAAGAAGCCUUAGUUUGUCCUCAGAUUGUUUCUUUAAGUUAACUAUUUAAACAUUCCCCACUAAUGUGCAUCUUUCCUCCAGUGGUCGGACAAGAUGAUAUAAUAAUAUUAUCUUGAAAUGUAAUUUAAGCAUAUUAAAUUGCAAUCUAGUUUGUAGUCAGCAGACAUAAGCUGUAAAAAGUAAUGGGUAACACUUUGCUUUAACCACUCCCACACCCCUUUUAUUAUUUAUAAGUAAUAUAUAAACAUUUAAUAUUGAUUAAUCCAAUCCAUCAAGUAAUCCGUUAUGUCAACAAAAUGUCAGUAAAUAUUGAAAAAUGGCUGUUUAUAAUUUCCCAUAGCCCAAGUUGACGAACAGUUCAAAACACAAAGAUAUUCAAUUUACUAUCAUGUAUGACAAAGAAAACAAUAAAAUUCUCACAUCUGAGAAGC